CAAAGAACUGGUGGGCCGGGAACUCUUUCUAAUGCCCUCACAGAUGUCAGUAGCUACUACUCGGACUGGGUCCCUAUCUCCCAUGAGCUGCUACGUGAAGAGGCAUUGGACACGCCAGAGACCAAAUUCACAGGAUUGCCAAAUGAUGUUAACACGAAAGCCUGGGAUGAUCUCAUAACGCCAACCUUUUUCUCCGCUUCAGAAGAAGAUCUGCAAAUGACCGGUGAAUCGAUCGAUGACUCAGUGCUCCUAGCUGAUGGAGGCUAUCUAGCAGGACUUGGUGUUUACCAUAAUAUACACUGCUUAAGACGUUUACGGCUUUUCUUGCACAGUAAUUAUUAUUAUGGAAACCUCUCGGAGACUAAUAUGGAAUAUUUGCGUGGGCAUUUGGGUCACUGUAUUGAAUCUCUCCGCCGCAGCAUAAUGUGUAAUGCGGACACCAGUAUAUACACUUUUACUUGGACGGGUGCUGAAUUGGUUCGACCAGGUGUAUGGAGGCCAAGUCCAAAAUCGAAUCAGGACAGGAAAUGUGUCAUAUGGGAACCACUAGAGAACUGGGUUACGGAGAGACGGGUUCCACUCAAUCCAAUAUUGUUGAAGCCUAGUGGAGAAGAGGAAGAGAUUUUGAUGAUUUGAUAACAAAGAGCGAGGUGAUGCUUGAAGGAUUUCCUGGAUGGCUAUCUUCAAACUGAAUAGCAGUUAGAGUUGACUAACAGCAGCUAGGUUAGGCUAUUUCGAAUAUUUACUACCGACCCUGUUCCUUGACACCAAGUGCAUGUGGGUCCAUUUUG